AGAGCGAGCGAGAAAGAGACAAAAGAAAGUGAGAGAGAGAGAGAGAUAGAAUAGAAACAUGGCGUUGGCGGUGAGUCGUCUUUCAAGACGAGCCGUUCCGUUCUCGCGGAAUUAUCGGUAUGUCGUGCGUGCGUACAAUUCGUGGCGUGUUGGUGACGAUAGCCUUAAGAAGAAACUGAGAACCGGCAUUGGGAUACUCACGGCCGGUUCACUGAUAUUUAUUCUGACGCAAAAGUACUCCAGAGUCAACGUGGUGCACGCCUUGAAAUCACGUAAGCGCGACGAUGACAUGCAAAAAGCUGUGAAACUAACGAUGAGGGAAAGAAGAUUUAUAAAAUUUGCAUCGGUCGAAUACGAUGGACAACUUUACAUGACGCCGCAAGAUUUUCUCGACAGCGUUGUAGAGUCUGAACCAAGACCAAGAUUAAAGAGACGGGUGCUGUCGGAUAAGGAAUUGGAAGUGAUGGGAAACGCCAUACCUUCGCUACGCCAUGGAAGUCCGCACAUGUUUCGAAGCUUGAGAGACAAGGGUAUAAUUUCUUACACGGAGUACCUGUUUCUUCUAUCCAUUCUGACAAAGCCAAAAACUGGUUUUCACAUUGCUUUCAACAUGUUCGAUACCGAUGGCAACGAACGUGUGGAUAAGACCGAGUUCCUCGUGAUUCGACGAUUAUUUGAUGGAACCUUGAAGGGACGAAACGAUCUCGACGAAACGACGAAACGUGCAUUACAACAAAUACUGACACCGAGCGAAGAAACCGAAGCAAUUCUAAAACUUCGUAAUGUACACGUAGAAACGAACAAGACCAAUAAUUUCAUCCCUCUUUAUUAUAUGGAAAAAGUCUUUAGUCAUGCAUGGAGAGGACGUCAUGGUGGUGAAACGAAAGACGAGUUGGAACAUUUGAAUCAACGUCAAGAAAGUCCUGAAGAGAUCCAAGGACAAUAUAUAAACGAUGAUCAGGGUCUACAAAGACGACAUGCGGUUGACACAACUCUGAUGAUACAUUUCUUUGGAAAAGAUGGUAAUCAUGAAUUAAAAUACGAAGAUUUCCGUCGUUUCAUGGAGAAUCUACAACAUGAGGUAUUAGAAUUGGAGUUUCAUGAAUAUAGCAAAGGUCAUGAUACUAUAAAUGAAUUGGAUUUUGCUAAAAUAUUAUUAAGAUACACUGAAUUGGAUGUCGACGAAUUCGAUAAAUAUUUGGAAAGAAUGAUAGAUAGAUCCGAUCUACAGAUCGGUAUUACUUUCGACGAGUUUCGACGUUUCUAUCAAUUUUUAAAUAAUCUUGAUGAUUUUUCAAUAGCCAUGCAAAUGUAUACAUUGGCUGAUCAUCCGAUAUCUAAAGAUGAAUUUCAACGUGCUGUUAAAAUAUGCACCGGAUCUGUACUUUCUUCCCAUAUUAUUGAUACAGUGUUUGCAUUAUUUGAUGAAGAUGGUGAUGGACAAUUGUCUUACAAAGAGUUCAUAGCGAUUAUGAAAGAUCGCCUUAAAAGAGGAUUUAAGUCUCAGCAACGGAACGAAGGUCGUGAGGCAUUUAAAUAUUGCGUGAAACAAGAAAUGAAAGCACCUUGAAAAGUUAAAAACGUCAGGCCAAAAAGAUGCAACGCAUUAUUUCAAUAGGAUAUAAUAUCGUGCCUAUGUUAAAAAAAAAAAAGAAAAAAAAAAGAAAAAAAUUAUCCUAUUAC